AUAGGCUUAAAGAACUUAAAUAUUGCUUAAGUGUGUGUUCCCGGCUUAAAUGUCAUUGCAGCCGAUGCGGAUGGUUUGAUGUCCGUCGUACGUUGUUUGUAUCACACGUUUAUGUGGUUAUGUCAACGAUGCACCUUGACAUUUCAUGCGUUAUCACACUCGCGUAGUAGUUUUAUUACAAAUCUAGGUUGAGAGGUGGUUCUUGAAAAGAAAGCAUGAUUCGAGUGAGUAUAUAAUUUACGCGACAUUCUUCCUGCGUUGAGAAGGUUAUGUUUGUCGUCGUGCUGGCGACGAUAAUUCACACAAAAUUCAAAUUUGUUACGCGAACACUUUCGCGAUGAGACCCGGCAUGCUGGAUAGUCGGGAAUUCAGCAAACGCGUGCGCCGCCUCCUGGACGGCAAUUAUUCUUACCGCAAGAUCUUGCUGAUUAUCCUGAUCUGUGGCGGCUUACUGCUGUAUUUCGGCCCGCCCUUUACACAGUGGCUUUUCUCCCCUGCCAGGGAGCCUAUCGAAGCAUUUGAGGAUCACUGCAUGAAUGAAAGAUUAGCUAGUUUCUACUUUGAUGCUGUUGAGUAUAAUGCAAAUAUAUUGCACGAUCCACCUAAAGAAAAUGAACAUCAAUACUUGCCAUAUAUUGGCAAUGGCGUUUUUGGAGUUCCUAUUUCUCCAGAAGGCUGGCUGUAUAUUAAAUAUGGGAGAGGCCUCUUGUUGCCAGUACAGUGGCAGCCACUGAUCUCACAUCCUGUACCAAAAGAGAGUUCCUAUCAGGAAGCUACAGUUAUUCAUUUCACAAAUGGGAUUGUUUAUAAGUAUCAGUGCCUUAGAGACGGAUAUCACAUAGAUUUUCAGUAUUAUUCCCACAGAAGUCUCCAGGGAAUUUUAGUACAGACUAUAAAAAUUUCAAAUUCUUUUUCACUGUCUCAAGAAAUACCGUUGAAACCGCAGGAAUCCUCUUAUUGGACAAAUUCCCACGUAGAACCCAUUAGAAUUCAGGUUGACGGACUUAAUCACGAUUAUAAUUUUGUAUCUGGAUUUGUAUCGCUGCCCAAUUCCAACAAGAUAAUAGUAGUAUCGAUAAUUUACAAAGUUCCGCCUAAAACAGUGCAAGUGAAAGCGCGCAGCUCCGUAAAACUCGAGUUCUUAUCGAGCAUUCAGUACAGCGAAGCAAUUUUGUCUGAGCAAUAUCACGUGGAACGUGACACUACGAAAAAGAAGGCAAUCGAUUUAUUAAAAAAAGCAAUUGCGCGCCAACGAAGCUUGAGGGAGGAGCACGUGAAUCUCUGGCAGAGUUAUUGGUACACGAGUCUGAGAAUAAGUGAUUCCAAGGCCGAGGGCGCCAUUAACGGCCAUAAGAUCAACUCUACUAUGUAUUACGUAUUAUCUCAGGUACCGCGAAGUACUCAGGAUGUGGAAAAAAAUGUCGCCAAUAAUGAAGGUUGCUACCGAGGUCAUCACACUUUGGACGCUCCUCGUUUGUGGAAAGAUACUUCGUCUAUCGAUGCUGUGAACGAGAUAGUCGAAGCAUGGUUGAUAACACUGGAAAAGCAAGGAUGCCAUCAUCUAGUGACUGGCGGGCCUACGGCUGUGCAACAGGCGAUCGUUCUGAGUCUGGGUGGCUUGAGAUUCAGCAAUCAACAUCUCGAGUUUAACAUCGAUCCCCAAUAUCUUCAUCGUGAUUACUUGUUCAGACGCAUAAAUUAUGGGAAUUUAACGCAUGUAAAUAUAUCUGUAACAGUCGGAGAGGAUAAUCGCGCAAUAUUAGGAGUGGCUCUGGAUAAAAGUGAUAGUGUUUACUUUGGAUGUGACGCCGGGUGUUUAGACGCACCGGUUCCUCUCAGUCAAACGUACACAACUUUCCCUGUAAAAUUGACAAAACCACUAACCGCGAUACUCUAUAUAACGUCAGAUCAUCAACAUAUGCAAGAUCUUCGCAACGCUCUUCAUGUACAUGAAGUAGAUAAUGCGCCAGCACAUGAUCACCAGGUGAUGGCUUUGCACAAGCACGGACAUCAGCUUGGAGGUCUGCCCUCAUUAUUCUGGGUCAGCAUAGGUUUCCUGAUAAUUGUGUUCCAUCUCUUCCUGUGCAAGCUUAUUUGUAAUGAAUAUUAUGGUCUUCAGGAUCGACAGCGGAUACGAUAUAAUAGACCGUAAGAAGACUGUACAUAAUUCAUUUUUUUUUAUUAUCACAACGUGUAUAUAUAUGUAUAUUGUUGUGAUGUGUACAUACAUAUUUUUUCA